CACGUCUCUGACCUCUCCCCUCAUUUUAUGUGUCUGAUUUGAGGUUGGAGCGUAGUUAGCUUCUCUUUUCUGCCGAAAGCUGCAGAAUUGUGUUGUUUUCUCUCCUUUGGGGGUCAAACAAGCGGUUCUCUUCAUGAUGCCAAGUGUUAACCCUGACAAAGAUUCCGAGCCAUUUGUUGAGACCGAUCCAACCGGUCGCUAUGGUAGAUACAGUGAGUUGCUCGGAUGUGGUGCUGUGAAGAAAGUGUACCGUGCAUUUGAUCAAGAAGAAGGAAUAGAGGUGGCAUGGAACCAGGUUAAGCUGAGGAACUUCUGUGAUGACCCUGCCAUGUUGGAUAGGCUUUACUCUGAAGUGAGGUUGCUCAGAAGCUUGACCAACAAGAACAUCAUUGCACUUUACAAUGUGUGGAGGGAUGAGCAGAGAAACACUUUGAAUUUCAUCACUGAGGUUUGCACCAGUGGGAAUUUGAGGGAGUACAGGAAGAAGCACAGACAUGUUUCCAUAAAGGCCCUAAAGAAGUGGUCUAAGCAGAUUUUGAAAGGGUUGAAUUAUUUGCACUUGCACGAUCCCUGCAUCAUCCACAGAGAUCUCAAUUGCAGCAAUGUGUUUGUCAAUGGGAAUACUGGCCAGGUUAAGAUUGGUGACUUGGGUUUGGCAGCAAUUGUGGGCAAGAACCAUUGUGCACACACGAUUCUUGGCACACCAGAAUUUAUGGCUCCAGAGUUAUACGAUGAAGACUACACAGAAUUGGUGGACAUAUACUCAUUUGGGAUGUGUGUGUUAGAGAUGGUGACAGUAGAGAUUCCUUAUAGUGAAUGUGACAAUGUUGCUAAGAUAUACAAGAAGGUGUCUUCUGGAGUUAGACCUGCUGCCUUGAACAAGGUCAAAGAUCCUGAGGUUAAGGCUUUCAUUGAGAAGUGCCUUGCUCAGCCAAGGGCUAGGCCUUCUGCAGCUGAGCUUCUAAGAGAUCCUUUCUUUGAUGAGAUUGUUGAUGAUGAUGACGAAAAUGAUGACUGUUCUUGUUCAUAUCAAUAGAAUAAUAUUUCUUACAGUGUUGGUUUUUUAAUUUGAUUCACCUACCUUUUCAGUAUGCAAUGUCAAUUUGGGCAGCCUAGAUAGAAGUGUGAAAAUUAAAUUGUUUUUAUUUUCCAUUUGGCGAGUUGUGAAAUUGGAUAAGGUUUGGUUGAUGAAUAUGGGGGUUACCAGGGGAGGGCUUGAUUGGGGUUGGUGUCAUUUUGUACAUAGGAAAUUUUACUGACUGUUGUGCAGCAUACAUUGAAUGAUGAUUUGAUUUGGCAAUAUAUGUUAAAAAAAAGUAUAUUAGAUGUAA